AUGUUUCUGUCCAGACUCAGCGCUUUGGCUCCACAUCUGCAUCCAGUGAAAGAGAAGGAACCGUUUGAGAAGUCGUACUCUGUGGGACCGGUUCUGGGCAGUGGUGGCUUCGGCACAGUGUACUCAGGCACCCGACUGAGUGACGGCGCUGCGGUGGCAGUGAAACAUGUGGCAAAGGAGCGGGUCACGGAGUGGGGAGAGCUGGCAGGUCAGCGGGUGCCCCUGGAGGUGGUCCUGCUGAAGAAGGUGGGGGGGUCCGGGUCUCGGGGGGUGGUCCGGCUCCUGGACUGGUUCGAGCGCCCGGACAGUUUCAUCGUGGUCAUGGAGCGGCCGGAGAACUCCACAGACCUGUUUGAUUACAUCACAGAGCGCGGCCCCCUCGGCGAGGACCUGGCGAGGACCGUGUUGGUGCAGGUGCUGGAGGCCGUGGUCCACUGUCACCGCUGCGGCGUCGUCCACCGCGACAUCAAAGACGAGAACGUCCUGAUCCACCGCGACACCAAAGAAACCAGACUCAUCGACUUCGGCUCCGGAGCGCUGCUCAAGGACUCGCUCUACACGGACUUCGACGGCACACGCGUGUACAGUCCUCCGGAGUGGAUCCAGUAUCAUCGGUACCACGCCCGCUCUGCCACCGUGUGGUCACUGGGAGUACUGCUGUUCGACAUGGUCUGUGGCGACAUCCCGUUUGAGCACGACCACGACAUCAUCAGGGCGCAGCCGCCGUUCAGAGGCCAGAUAUCCCCCGAAUGUCAGCAUUUGAUCCGGUGGUGUCUCUCGCUCCGUCCUGCCGAUCGUCCAUCGCUUGAGGACAUCAACUUCAGUACACUCCCGCCUCACUCCCUCUUCACUCCCUCUUCACUCCCUCUUCACUCCCUCUUCACUCCCUCUUCACUCCCACUUCACUCCCUCUUCACUCCCUCUUCACUCCCUCUUCACUCCCUCUUCACUCCCUCUUCACUCCCUCUUCACUCCCACUUCACUCCCUCUUCACUCCCUCUUCACUCCCUCUUCACUCCCACUUCACUCCCUCUUCACUCCCACUUCACUCCCUCUUCACUCCCUCUUCACUCCCUCUUCACUCCCUCUUCACUCCCGCUUCACUCCCUCUUCACUCCCUCUUCACUCCCUCUUCACUCCCUCUUCACUCCCACUUCACUCCCUCUUCACUCCCUCUUCACUCCCUCUUCACUCCCGCCUCACUCCCUCUUCACUCCCGCCUCACUCCCUCUUCACUCCCUCUUCACUCUCACCUCUCUCCCUCUUCACUCCCGCCUCACUCCCUCUUCACUCCCUCUUCACUCCCUCUUCACUCCCUCUUCACUCCCACUUCACUCCCUCUUCACUCCCUCUUCACUCCCUCUUCACUCCUGCCUCACUCCCUCUUCACUCCCGCCUCACUCCCUCUUCACUCCCUCUUCACUCCCUCUUCACUCCCGCCUCACUCCCUCUUCACUCCCGCCUCACUCCCGCCUCUCUCCCGCCUCUCUCCCGCCUCACUCCCGCCUCUCUCCCGCCUCUCUCCCGCCUCUCUUCCUCUUCACUCCCGCCUCUCUCCCUCUUCACUCCCGCCUCACUCCCGCCUCACUCCCUCUUCACUCCCGCCUCACUCCCGCUUCACUCCCGCCUCACUCCCUCUUCACUCCCACCUCACUCCCUCUUCACUCCCGCCUCACUCCCUCUUCACUCCCGCCUCACUCCCUCUUCACCCCACCUCACUCCCUCUUCACUCUCGCUUCACUCCCGCCUCUCUCCCGCCUCACUCCCUCUUCACUCUCGCUUCACUCCCCGCUUCACUCCCGCCUCACUCCCGCCUCACUCCCUCUUCACUCCCUCUUCACUCCCGCUUCACUCCCGCCUCACUCCCUCUUCACUCCCGCCUCUCUCCCUCUUCACUCCCGCCUCACUCCCUCUUCACUCCCGCCUCUCUCCCUCUUCACUCCCGCCUCACUCCCGCCUCUCUCCCGCCUCACUCCCGCCUCUCUCCCUCUUUACUCCCGCCUCACUCCCUCUUCACUCCCUCUUCACUCCCGCCUCACUCCCUCUUCACUCCCGCCUCACUCCCUCUUCACUCCCUCUUCACUCCCUCUUCACUCCCUCUUCACUCCCACUUCACUCCCUCUUCACUCCCUCUUCACUCCCUCUUCACUCCCGCCUCACUCCCUCUUCACUCCCGCCUCACUCCCUCUUCACUCCCUCUUCACUCCCUCUUCACUCCCGCCUCACUCCCGCUUCACUCCCGCCUCACUCCCGCCUCACUCCCGCCUCACUCCCUCUUCACUCCCGCCUCUCUCCCGCCUCACUCCCGCCUCACUCCCGCCUCUCUCCCGCCUCUCUCCCGCCUCUCUCCCUCUUCACUCCCGCCUCUCUCCCUCUUCACUCCCGCCUCACUCCCGCCUCACUCCCUCUUCACUCCCGCCUCACUCCCGCUUCACUCCCGCCUCACUCCCUCUUCACUCCCACCUCACUCCCUCUUCACUCCCGCCUCACUCCCUCUUCACUCCCGCCUCACUCCCUCUUCACUCCCACCUCACUCCCUCUCUUCACUCUCGCUUCACUCCCGCCUCUCUCCCGCCUCACUCCCUCUUCACUCUCGCUUCACUCCCGCCUCACUCCCGCCUCACUCCCGCCUCACUCCCUCUUCACUCCCUCUUCACUCCCGCUUCACUCCCGCCUCACUCCCUCUUCACUCCCGCCUCUCUCCCUCUUCACUCCCGCCUCACUCCCUCUUCACUCCCGCCUCUCUCCCUCUUCACUCCCGCCUCACUCCCGCCUCUCUCCCGCCUCACUCCAGCCUCUCUCCCUCUUUACUCCCGCCUCACUCCCUCUUCACUCCCUCUUCACUCCCGCCUCACUCCCUCUUCACUCCCGCCUCACUCCCUCUUCACUCCCGCCUCUCUCCCUCUUCACUCCCGCCUCACUCCCUCUUCACUCCCGCCUCACUCCCUCUUCACUCCCGCCUCACUCCCUCUUCACUCCCGCCUCUCUCCCUCUUCACUCCCGCCUCACUCCCGCCUCUCUCCCGCCUCACUCCCGCCUCUCUCCCUCUUCACUCCCGCCUCACUCCCUCUUCACUCCCGCCUCACUCCCUCUUCACUCCCGCCUCUCUCCCUCUUCACUCCCGCCUCACUCCCUCUUCACUCCCUCUUCACUCCCGCCUCACUCCCGCCUCUCUCCCUCUUCACUCCCCGCCUCACUCCCUCUUCACUCCCGCCUCUCUCCCUCUUCACUCCCGCCUCACUCCCGCCUCUCUCCCGCCUCACUCCCGCCUCUCUCCCUCUUUACUCCCGCCUCACUCCCUCUUCACUCCCUCUUCACUCCCGCCUCACUCCCUCUUCACUCCCGCCUCUCUCCCUCUUCACUCCCGCCUCUCUCCCUCUUCACUCCCGCCUCACUCCCUCUUCACUCCCGCCUCUCUCCCUCUUCACUCCCGCCUCACUCCCGCCUCUCUCCCGCCUCACUCCCGCCUCUCUCCCUCUUCACUCCCGCCUCACUCCCUCUUCACUCCCUCUUCACUCCCUCUUCACUCCCGCCUCACUCCCUCUUCACUCCCUCUUCACUCCCGCCUCACUCCCUCUUCACUCCCUCUUCACUCCCUCUUCACUCCCGCCUCACUCCCUCUUCACUCCCGCCUCACUCCCUCUUCACUCCCGCCUCACUCCCUCUUCACUCCCUCUUCACUCCCUCUUCACUCCCGCCUCACUCCCUCUUCACUCCCGCCUCACUCCCUCUUCACUCCCGCCUCACUCCCUCUUCACUCCCGCUUCACUCCCGCCUCACUCCCUCUUCACUCCCGCCUCACUCCCUCUUCACUCCCGCUUCACUCCCGCCUCACUCCCUCUUCACUCCCGCCUCACUCCCGCUUCACUCUUGCGUCUUUGA